AUGACGAGUACCCAAGCAAGCUCUCGACAAGUCGCAGUUGGCUCCGAGAAUGUCACCACCUUGGCAUCCAGGUCCCCAGGCUACCAGGUGCGGAUCGAGGCACAGAAUCGUCGCCGUGAAUGGCUUCAGCAGAACCCCUCAUACUUUGAUCGCGUGGAGCAUGAGCUCGCCGACCCCAACCUCUACGUUCGCCUCGUCAGGCCCUUUCAGACUGCGGCGGAGAGAGAGGCCGAAGCUAGGACGAAGGGGUUCGGCCUCACCCUCGAAGCAGACCUCGCCCGCGGCGAGCAACGGCUGUCCGAUCUGGCCUCCCCAUCGUCUGCCACGGAGACGGCAUCUCUUCCUCACCACGGCACCAACGGCAGCGGCGCUCGCUCACACAGCCGCACGGAAAUGACGUCGGACAAUUCAUGGGACGACGUCGAGCCCGCGAGCCGCGAACACGGCCACCGACUUUGGCGUGCCUUUCUGAGCGAGCGCUUCAUUCGCGGACGUGACGACGAUUUUUCCUACUCGGUCGUCGACGAAGACUGGACCCUAGACGUCACGGCCACGCGGGAGGCGCAGGACGAGUGGUUUGACGAUGAAGAGCCCGCAUGGGUUGACGGCGGAGCGGAGGCCAGCAGAGGCGAGACGGGAAUCCAGGACUUUUGA